UCUCCUGUUCACACAUUCAACAUGCUGGUGCAAAAGUUAAGCUGGAUCAUUUUGCUGCUCUUCCUGUGUCAACAUGGAGCAGAAGCCAAAAGAACAGUGGCCUGCGAGGGACAAUCUUUGCGCCUCAGCUGUGUUUGGGGAUUAAUAAAGGUCAUUAAAGCCAACUAUGGGAGGACUGAUCGCACAACAUGCACUUAUGGCAAACCAGCUCAUCAAACCUCAAAUAUGCGCUGCUUCCGAGGAACAUCCCUCCAUACGAUGUCCAUUCGGUGUGAUGGAAGAAAGAGCUGUUCUGUUCCAGCAGUGAACUCCGUUUUCUCUGAUCCUUGUGUUGGCACCUAUAAAUACCUGGAUGUGCAUUACGUCUGUGUCAAAAAAGAUGCAUUGCGAGGAAACCAAAUAGGUGCAUCAGAUUCUGUCCACUCUGAUCCUGUCACAAGUUUUUCUCCUGUUCACACAUUCAACAUGCUGGUGCAAAAGUUAAGCUGGAUCAUUUUGCUGCUCUUCCUGUGUCAACAUGGAGCAGAAGCCAAAAGAACAGUGGCCUGCGAGGGACAAUCUUUGCGCCUCAGCUGUGUUUGGGGAUUAAUAAAGGUCAUUAAAGCCAACUAUGGGAGGACUGAUCGCACAACAUGCACUUAUGGCAAACCAGCUCAUCAAACCUCAAAUAUGCGCUGCUUCCGAGGAACAUCCCUCCAUACGAUGUCCAUUCGGUGUGAUGGAAGAAAGAGCUGUUCUGUUCCAGCAGUGAACUCCGUUUUCUCUGAUCCUUGUGUUGGCACCUAUAAAUACCUGGAUGUGCAUUACGUCUGUGUCAAAAAAGAUGCAUUGCGAGGAAACCAAAUAGGUGCAUCAGAUUCUGUCCACUCUGAUCCUGUCACAGUGUCCAAAAGUACCUGGAAGUGA